AUGCGAUUUGUCCUAUUUCUAUUGUUCAUAUCACAAAGCAUCAAUACCAUUAAAUUGAACAAUCAGAAAAAACAAUUUGUUACUCUUAUCAAACGAGAUGUACAUAGUUCGUCUACUCAAAAUCUUAAUCGACAUACGAGAACAUAUGAAACUAACGACGUAAUCGUUAUCGACACAUUCGAUUUCAAAUUAAUUGAAACACUAUUUCCAACAAAAUCUAUCGAUAAAUCCCAACUAGCGGUUCGUCAACAUACGACAUGGUUAGUUGGUCAUAUAUCUUCAGAUGAUUAUCAACAACUGGCACGAUUCGAUUCAACUAGAAACCGAUUUAUCGUUAAUCAAAAUGAGAAUCUUUUCUGUAGAAUUCAUGAAACUACUGGUGAAUUAACAUUACUGAAUAAUAAUGACGAAAAUCUUCUUCAUAACGAAAUUAUUCUACAUGCAGAAUCUGGCCUAGGUCCAGAUGAUGCUAUUUUACAUGAUAUCUAUCGAUUCAUUCGUCUUCUACCCACCACACGUAUGUACAUACGUUUCGUUUCAUCUUUCACAUCCGAUUUUUGCUUUCAUUCGUACACAGUUCAUUGUACAAGCGAUAUAACAAUAUCUCUGAAUGAAACGCUUGACAUUGUAUGCUCGAUUGAUUAUGAAUAUGCGAUGUAUAAUGAUUUAGAGAAUUACCAACCGCAGAUAAAUCUAACAUUUUACUUAAAAGAAAAUCAUUCUUUGUAUACGAGUAUUAUAUCAGAAGAGUUGGAUGAAAUGAACGAUUUGUCAGCCGACCAAAAUCGAAGAUUGAAUUGGACGCGUUCGAUUAAACAUACGAUCGAAUCUAUCGAUGACAAAGAGACCAGUAGGGAAUACAUAUGCAUGAUAACACCAGAUGUAUCGCCGAACAAAUAUCAAAUUUGUCGAACAAAGAUUCAUAUCCGACACGAUAAUUCUUCAACAGUCAGAGUAACUCGGCCAAAUCAAUUGGAUUUGAUUGAUAUUUUGAUCAUUAUUCUCAUAACAAUUAGUUGUUUGCUAUUUGUAACUUCGUUGAUUCUUUAUCUAAUGGCACGGAAAUCGAGAAAAACACGUCGACUACAAAUUCAACCCGAAAUUUUGAACAAAACCCUAGCCUUGCCAAUUGGAACUAAACCAACACUUGUCUUGAAUAACAACGAAACUUCCCUAUUUUCACCUCAACAACAACAAUCACUUGCAAAUCAUCGACAUAAGCCCGGUUGUCCGCAAUACAUUCCUUCCCCAGAAAAUAAUCUUCUCUCCAGUGAUCUAUUCACUCACACCACAAUUGAUAACAUGACGAAAAUAAUUCUUCCUGAUAUUCCUGAGACAACAGAUCUGUUUGAUAAUCAAACAUAUAUUCAUCUCUAUCUUCCAUCAAAACCCGAUACGACUCAGAGACAAAACCAGAGUUUGGAGAAGACACAAGUUUCAUCAUAA